AUGGUCUUCCCGGGAAAAAGGAGUACGGGCUGUCAUGUCUGCCGUAAGCGUAAGAUCAAGUGUGAUGGCGCCAAACCAGAAUGCCAGCACUGCAUCUCUCGGGGAAUGCAGUGCCCGGGGUAUCCGGAUCCUCUCACCUUUCGGGAAUACCGAAUGACGCGAGCGGCAGUAAGAGACCGUCGUCAAUCUAAAAUGACAACUGUGGGCCAGGAGAAGGAACAGCCCGACCUGGAUGCGGCUCCAACAGAUGCCCAGCCGCAGCGGGCAUUGUCUGAACCGCCACCCUCGCCGACGAUCUCGUCACCCAAACCACGAACUGGUCCUGCACUCAGUCUGGAGUGGCAGGCAAUUUGUUAUUUUACUCAUCAUCAUGUGCUCAAGGUGCAUAAGUCUCCUUGUCGGGGGUUUCUGGCUUUCUUUCCUGAGUUGUACAAGGAAAAGGGGGAUGAUUCUUGUUUGAAGCAUGCCGUUCUCAGUGUUGCGUCGUUAUCACUAUUCAAUGUCUCUCGUAUCGGACAGCUGUAUGUGAAUUCCCGGAGGCAUUAUGGUUCUGCUAUAAAAUCGCUCUACAAUGCUCUCAAGUCGAACGAGACAGCUGUAACGGACGAGGUCUUUGCUGCGUCUUUAUUCCUAAAUGUCUUCGCGGACCUAAGUGGCGAGACAAGUGACGGGUUGAAUCCUCAUAUCCCCGGUACUCACUCUCUACUGCAACUACGGGACAAGUCCCAAUUAAAUACCAAGUAUGGCCGAGAAUUAUUCGGCUGGGCCAUUACACAAGUUCAAACACAAGCAAUCGCCAAUAACGAAUUCCGUUAUGCCACAUUACCCGAGUGCAUCCGCAAGAUGUACAAGCCAGACAACAUAUACCGAGCAGGCAUAAUCAUGGACAUGGUCGCUCAGCAGUGCCACUCCAUCAGCGAAAUGCGAGCCACACUAUCAAAUCCGGAAACUCCCUAUCCUUCCCCGUCUUCAUUACCCUCCCCACUCCCUUCUACCGCUCCCACCUAUACCAUAACAUGUGGUAUAAUCCACAGACUCCUUAUCCAAGCACACUGUCUCAUCGACGAAAUCGACAUCUGGCACGAAGCCGUCCCGAACCAUUGGAAAGUCCAAUACCACGACGUCCUCACUAACGACACAACCGGUGUCAAACGAGACCAAUGGACAACCUGUUUCCUGGCUACUAUCCUCUCCACUCAGAUAAUCUUUUACACCCAGCUCAUCGACUUCUGCGAUCUUCUCACUGAAAAGGAAAUAGCAUUCGACCAUGCGCAUUGCUUCGAAGGCCCUGUUGAUCUAUUCCACGGGUUAGAAGCCCGUAUCCAUCUAUUAUUACGGAUGAUAUGUUCUACUGUUUCAUUUUCACUGGGGAAGCUUCAUGAGGACGGGAAGUUUCAGGCUUCGUCGAAUUCAAAACUAGUGAAUGGGUAUGUGCUGCGUUUACCGAUGCGGAUUGUCGUUGGUUCUCGGUUUGCGAGCGGGGGCCAGGUUGCGCUUUGUCAUGGAGCGUUGGAUUAUGUGAGAGACCGUGAUGGGGAAUGGAUUAAUUCGAGAGGAGUAAGUUUAUAUGAAUAA